GCGGGCACCGUGCAGCCAGAGAUGCCCCCGUCCAUGGCCAUGGAGGAGUGCUCCAAGGACGGGUGCAGCCCAACCAGCAUCGACAUGACCCUGGACAUGAGCUGGCGAUGGCUGCACAACCAGGGCGGCUACACGAACUGCGUCAACGACGAGACUGGCAUGUGGCAGGCUGACUUCUGCUCCGACCCCAGCGUCUGCACCGAGACGUGCGUGGUCGAGGGCAUCGCCGACCAGGCCUACUCGGGCACCUACGGCGUGUCGGCCGAGGACGACGCCCUGCGGUUGAACUACAUUCCUGGCUCGCGCGUGUACGUCCUCGAAGGAGACGAGUACAAGAUGUUCAAGCUGAAGAACCGCGAGUUCUCCGUCGAGGUGGACGUAUCAUCUCUCACGUGCGGGAUCAACGCGGGCCUGUACUUCGUCGAGAUGCCCGCGAAUGGUGGCAGCGGCGAAGCCGGGGCGCGAUUCGGUGCGGGGUACUGCGACGCCCAGUGCCCCCGCCACCUGAAGUUUGUCGACGGCCUCGCGAACACGGAGGGCUGGGCCAAGACGACUGCCAAGACGCCCGAGGGCGACGAGGUGGAGGUGGGGCCGGUGGGCCGCUGGGGCUCCUGCUGCGCCGAGUUGGACGUCUUCGAGGCGAACCGCGAGGCGACCGCCCUCACGGUGCACCCCUGCAGCAUCGAUGGCGCCCAAAGGUGCGACGGCUCGGGGGAGUGCGGGGACCCGAAUCAGAAGAAGGAGUCCAUCUGGUGUGCCGCCGAGGGCUGUGGCCACAACCCCUACCGCCUGGGGGCGCACAAGUUCUACGGCCAGGGCGAGGACUUCGACGUGGACACCUCCAAGGUUAGGCCUUUCCGUGGAUGUCAGGAGAGCAAG